AUGAAGUCUGUACGCUUGAUGCACGCCCUGUGCAGGCGUGGCCAGCACACAUUCCUGGCCAGACGCAGAGAUGUGGAACAGCGACGGCACUACGCCGAGAAAUGUGACUCGGUGAUCAAAGGCGUUGUGGUGGGCGUGUACGCCAAGGAGGGCGACCGCCAGCCCAAGAUGACACCAUCCGGCGAGAAGUUUGACGAUCGCGUCCAGGGUAAGAUCACUGAUCUCAUACGCGAGACGGGCCUGAGUGGCCAGCUGGGAAAAGGCCGUGUCUUCAUGAACGUGGAUGCGGAGUUCCGUGCGGUGGCCGUGGUCGGCGUGGGACAGGAGGGGGCCGGCUUCAACGACCUGGAGAUGAUCGACGAGGGAAUGGAGAACGCUCGCGUCGCUGCCGGCGCGGCCGAGGGGAGCGCCUUGGCCGUCUGGCGCUACAACACCAACAAGCGCCGUCGGGACCGCACACUCAUUCCCAAACUGGAGCUGUACGACUCUCCCGACUCGGAUGCCUGGAUGCGGGGCCUAUUGUGA